AAAAACUAUUGAAACUGCUCUUGAAAUACAAGGAGACACAAGCCCAACAAUAAGCCCAAAUCCCAUUCGGGUGUUAUUCGUCUCCCUUUUCGAAAAUUAGCAUGGAGGGGAGAUGUUUCUCCGACCAAUCACAACACUCCAUGUCAAAGAUCCAUACACCCAAGCUCUGUUGUUUCAGCAAGGAACAGAGCUAAACAAUUUUCUUCUUUUUGUGCCACAUAAUCAAACAGGUUGCUUGUAAGCAUCGAUUCUUAAUGAUAAGAUACAACACAAACAUCCUGCUUGUAAACAUCCAUACACCCUUUUUAUGUAUGCCCAUAAAUUAGUCUUGCUCUCUCACGGUCCUAUAUCACUUGCGUCUAAGAGAUAAAGCAUAAAAACAUACAUUCUUGGAUAUAACACUAUUCUUUUCACUCCAUUUCUCAGCUUUAUAUUUAAUCUCUGUCAGUGAUGGCUAACAAUUCAGCAACCAAUGAGAACCAUGAGGUGGUUUUAAACGUAAACGGUGAAGACUACAAUAAGUUUGAGGACUCGGCCAUCCGAGUCUCUGUGCCUCUUUUCCAGAAGUUUGUGGCAGAGGUGGUGGGAACGUACUUCUUGAUAUUUGCAGGGUGUUGUUCAGUGGUGGUGAACCUUGACAAUGAGAAGGUGGUCACACUUCCGGGGAUUUCAAUUGUUUGGGGACUCACUGUUAUGGUGUUGGCUUAUUCUCUUGGUCACAUAUCUGGUGCUCAUUUCAACCCUGCUGUCACCCUUGCUCAUGCUUCUACCAAAAGGUUCCCACUAAAGGAGGUACCAGCUUAUAUUGUAGCUCAGGUCCUUGGAUCCACACUUGCCAGUGGAACUCUCAGACUUAUAUUCAGUGGCAAGAAUGACCAUUUUGCAGGAACACAACCAGCCGGUUCUGACUUGCAAGCUUUUGUGGUUGAAUUCAUAAUCACUUUUUAUCUCAUGUUCGUCAUUUCUGGAGUUGCCACCGAUAACAGAGCGAUUGGUGAGUUGGCAGGACUUGCAGUUGGGUCUACAGUACUGCUAAAUGUGAUGUUUGCGGGGCCAAUUACAGGAGCAUCAAUGAAUCCAGCAAGAAGCUUAGGGCCUGCUAUUGUGCACCAUGAGUACAGAGGAAUAUGGAUAUAUUUGGUGUCACCAAAUCUUGGAGCUAUUGCAGGUACAUGGGCCUACAAUUUCAUCAGGUACACAGACAAGCCGGUGCGUGAGAUCACCAAGAGUGCUUCUUUCCUCAAAGGUGUUGAAGUUAAGUGAUUCAUCACCAAAAUGCAAUAACAUAUGUUCCUUUUUCCUCAUUUUCUUAUCUUCAAGUUCAUGCAUUAGGGUUAAAAUGUAAGGAUCUAGUUCAUACAUUAGUGUUAAAAUGUAAGGAAGGGCCACUAGUUUAGAGUGGCAUAUAACUUACUAAUACAAUUAUA